AAGAGUAAGAAGAAGAUUGUUAAAUCAGUGAGACAGAGAAAGGAAACGGAGAAAAGAGAAAAGAGAUGUUACAGUUUCCGGCGUAUAUGACACAGUACCCAUUGUCGACGAGGACCAUUCCGACGUCGUUUCUGUUACCCUCUCAGUGGCCUCAGCCCCAAAACGAAGAACUCCUUCUCGCCAUGGAGGAGUCUGAUUUCGAAGAAAAGUGCAAUGAAAUCAGGAAGAUGAACAGCAACCUUGUUGUGAUAGGGAAAACCACUAAUGAAAAUGAUAAGGAAGACUUUGACAAUGAGGCAGAUGACGAUGAUGCUGACAAUGCAGAGGAAUCUGAGGGUGAAGAUUUUGAGCAAGAAACUGGUUGAGGAAGCUGCACAUCAGUAGCCAACUAUUUUCAUUUUGUAUGUUUUUUGGACUGCUAGGCCAAAUCUUUGUAUUGAGUUUUGCUUCUAUUCAUUUUUUGGACCUAGUAUUGUGUAUUGAUUUCUCAUUCAUAUCAAACUUUAUAUUAUAUAUGCUCUUUUUUGUGCUUAAUUAAAUAUUUAUUACUC